AUUCAUUUAUAAUCAAUCAAUCAAUUAUUAUUAUUAAUAAAUAUAUAUUCAAUUUAAAAUGGAAAAUCAAACCGAACAAGAUUCAUUAUUAACACAAUUUAUAAAUAUAACUGGCGCCGAUGAAUCUAUAGCUAAAAAUGCAUUAGAAGCAUGUAAUUGGAAUGUUGAAUUGGCUAUGGAUAUGUUUUUGGAUUCGAAUUUAGCUCAAACAGCAGCAGCAACAACAACAACAACAUCAUCAUCAUCAUCAUCGGCUGCGGCGGCAAAUAAUCAAUCAAACAAUUCAUCGGCGGCCAAUAUUAUUACGGAAGAAGUUCGGCCACCUAUUCCACCAGUUCGUCAAGUGCUUGUCGAAGAUUAUCCUCGUAAUAUGUAUGCCAGUAGUAGUAGUGGUUUUGAUGGUUUUCGUAAUUUUCAAGAAGAAUCAAGAUGGCAAGAACAACAACUUAAUGAUGAACCUGAACAAUCAAUCGAUUCAAGUAAUAGAAGGCGAACAUUUGACGAUUUAUUUCGACCACCUUUGGAUCUUAUAUAUCGUGGAUCAUUUGAUAUGGCCAAAUACGAGGGUCAACGGUCGAAUAAAUGGUUAUUAGUGAAUAUACAGAAUCCAAAAGAAUUUUCCUGUCAAGUAUUGAAUCGUGAUGUAUGGAGUAAUUCAGCCGUCAAAGAUAUUAUCAAUGAACAUUUUAUUUUCUGGCAGACCUAUCAUGAUACACAACAGGGACAGAAUUUUAUCUCAUUCUAUCAGGUACAUCAAUUUCCAUACAUUUCAAUUAUUGAUCCUCGUACAGGUGAAAAAAUAAUUUGGCAUGAAAUAGAUACUGUUACAUUCUGUGAAAAAGUUACACAAUUUUUGAAUGAACAUCCAUCACCAACAGGAAAAUCACAAACAUCGUCGUCGUCAUCGGUUGUGGCAAAUAAUCCCAGUAUUUCGUAUGAAAAUUUUCAAAAACCAAGUCCUUAUGAAGAAAGUGAACGUGAACAAAUUGAAGCAGCAAUUAAAGCCUCAUUACAAGAUAUGGAAGUUCAUAAUAAUCAUGAUGAUGAUGAUGAUGAUGACGAUGAUUGCAAAAUUGUUAAAAAUGAUUCAAUGAUUGAACAACAGCAACCAAAACAAGAUGAUUGGAGAAAUUAUUUAGGAUCAGAUGAAAGUAAUAAAAUGGAAAUAGUCAUACGAUAUCCGAAUGGUAAUAAAGAAAAGGUUAUGUUUCCAUCGGAUUCAAAACUAAAGGCUUUAUUUUUAUACGUAACUGAACAUGGAUACAAUAUGAAUGAAUAUGAUUUGAUUACAAAUUUUCCGAAAAAAAAUCUAAGUUCAUCCUAUAAUGAUACGGCUACAUUGGAAAAUGUUGGAAUUCAUUCACGUGAUACAUUAUAUGUUCAAACGAAAAAUUAAAAUUUCUUCAAUUGUG